AUGAUACUAACUCCAAUCAAAACCGUAAUGAUUGCCGCUCCGGCAGAGUCUCCUUUGUCGAGACUCAAUGGCUGGUCCGUCAACGAUGUGGUCUGCGAUCCCGCAGCUCCAUCUCCCGUGGAUGAGCCUCCGUUCGUGGCAGUGUAUGGAGCGGUACGCACAGCCAGACAACAGCAUGCCUGCGUUAUAGGUCCACUGGUAUUUGGUGACGGAGGAGCAAUUGUCGUCGAUGUUGGCACCGUCGUAUGCGAAAUAGUACGAGUUCGACUCGUUCACAAACUUGACUCCAACAAGCCAGUCGUACACUUUCUCGGCCCAGUCGACGUAAGAGUCGUUUCCUGUGAAUCUGGCCAGACGGGCACCGAUAUGGAACAAUCCAGCGUUCGAGACCGAGUUCUUGUAGUCGUAACCCGAGUUCCAAGGGAAAAUCUGCCAUCUAAGGCCUCCGUUACAACUGUCAGUGUCCCAUCUCCAGGCCAUGGUGUUGAAAACGGCUUGUGCCAAAUACAGCCAUUGUGGCUGGUCGUCAGAAGGGUUGGUGAAGUUCCGCUCGGCGGCCUGGAUUGCAGCAAUUCCCCAGAACGCUUGAUCGUCAUUUCCUUCAGUGGUGGAUUGAUUCAAAGGAAUGUAGUCGUCGUUUUCUCCAACUUGGUACAACAGCGCCUGUUUGAUGGUUUCCUCAUAAGUGUUGUUUUCCAGAAAGUACCAGUAAUCGAUCAUGGAGCCCCAGGCUCCUCCAGCCUCCCACCAAUAGUACGGAUUGGUAAACAUGCCAAUCGUUCCGCCCUUCUGAUAUCCCCAGUUGUUGCUCAUGUCCUUGUACUGAGGAGCAUCCGUGUCGGUGGUGAUAUGAGUGGUGGCCUGGUCAGAGCUGGAAACCUGGUUGACCUCAGUAGUGACAGGAUCGCCGGAACCGGAGUCGGGCACACACUCGGAAACGGAGUCGGGCACACACUCGGAAACAGAGUCGGAAACACGCUCAGACUCGUCAACCUGCUCAUCUUGAUCGCUCAAAAGAUUGAUCGUAUCCUCAGAGAACUCGAAAGAGCCGUUCCGGCAACAAUCAAAAUCGAUGCAUUGACAAAAAGUGCAACGGUGACCAGGGAUAUCACCAUCUCAGCAAUGGUGUACGACAUAGUGUCCUUGAUCGCAUUGAUGGAAGGCUUGUAUUUAGACUGUUCGGUCUCGCCGUCAAGAGAUCCGCACAAGAACAACUUGCUCUUCUUCUGA